GAAGUGUACGAAUACCAAAACAGAUGCACACACGUUUCGCGAACUGUGACAUGUAAAGCUUAUAACCACAGAUAUCUAAAAUGUUUAACAAGCUGUUUAUUGUUAUGUUGUAGAUCAACGCAGAACGUUGUUACAAAGGUGAGUUGAAACUAUUCAUCAACAUCCCCUGCCUGUUAUAACAGCUAACGUUAGCUAGCUAAAUUAGCUGACUUAGCUAGCUAGUUAGCUAACCUUAACGUCCACCGUCCUUAGCCAAGCAGGGCUAAGUUACAGCACCUUGCUAUCUUAAAAUAUGAUGCUAGUGAGGUUUAACACCUCUGAGACUAGGCCUAAGCAUACUAUAAACGAAGUGAAUUGUUAAUUAUUAAAACAUAUUUUGUUUGGAUGUAGGUCUAGUGUCUUGUAACCUUAACCACCCCACCCCUCCUCUCUCCACUAAGUUACAGUUUAUACAACGGUUGUAGACCGAGGUAAAAUUAGUUUUAUGUAGGAUAUUUUGUGAAUAUUCGGGGUUCUCUUAUCAAUAGCUAUUGAACCAAGCAUGCCAUGGCUAUGAAGAUGGAAUAUUCUGAAUCGGGUGGAUGGAGAAAUAUCCACACCUUUUUAUUAUUUAUUUUUUAUAAUAAGAUUUUUGGAUUUCAAUCUUAAAUAGCUCUUAUACAAACUGUGUCAUGACUAUGAAAAUGAUAUAUUCAGAAUCAGGGGAGGAUGGACCGAAAUUAACUUAUUGUUUGUGUAUAUAUAACUAAUUUAGUGGAACGCCUUCUAUUUCAGUGCCAGCAAUAUGGGAGGGAAAGGGAGAUAUUGUUAUUAGAUUUAAUAGGUAAUGGUGUUGAAGAACUUAAAUGAACUGCUGAUAAAAUCUUCAGGGGAUGUAGUAUUUAAUUAUGUAUUUAUUUUUCGAGAAUAAUGUGUAGGAUUUACACCUUCCCUGUAAAAAAAAAAAUGCUGUGGAUUUUUGUCCAUCCUCCCCAGAUUCAGAAUAUACAAUGCAUUCUGAAAAUAUUCAGAUCCCUCAACUUUUUCCACAUUUUGUUACGUUACAGCCUUAUUCUUAAAUGGAUUCAAUCCCCCCUCAUUAAUAUACACACAAUACCCCAUUAUGACAAAGCAAAAACAGUUUUCUGAAUUUCUUAGCAAAUGUAUUCCAAAUAAAAAACGGAAAUAUCACAUUUACAUAAGUAUUCAGACCCUUUACUCAGUCCUUUGUUGAAGCACCUUUGGCAGCGAUUACAGCCUCCGAGUCUUCUUGGGUAUGACACUACAAGCUUGGCACACCUGUAUUUGGGGAGUUUCUCCCAUUCUUCUCUACAGAUCCUCUCAAGCUCUGUCAGGUUGGAUGGUGAGUGUCGCUGCACAACUGUUUUCAGGUCUUUCCUGAGAUGUUAGAUCAGGUUCAAGGCCGGGCUCUGGCUGGGCCACUCAAGGACAUUCAGAGACUUGUCCCGAAGCCACUCCUGUGUUGGCUUGGCUGUGUGCUUAGGGUCGUUGUCCUGUUGGAAGGUGAACCUUCGCCCCAGUCUGAGCAGUCUGGAGCAGGUUUUCAUCAAGGAUCUCUCUGUACUUUGCUCCCUUCGUCUUUCCCUCAAUCCUGACUAGUCUCCCAGUCCCUGUAGCUGAAAAACAUUCCCACAGCAUGAUGCUGCCACCACCAUGCUUCACCGUAGGGAUGGUGGCAGGUUUCUUCCAGACGUGAUGCUUGGCAUUCAGGCCAAAGAGUUCAAUUACAUUUUAGUUAUUUAGCAGACACUCUUAUCCAGAGUGACUUACAGUUAGUGAGUGCAUCAAUUUUUUCAUACUGGUCCCCUGUGGGAAUCGAACCCAAGCAAGCGCCAUGCUCUACCAACUGAGCUACAAUCUUGGUUUCAUCAGACCAGAGAAUCUUGAGAGUCCUUUAGGUGCCCUUUGGCAAACUCCAAGCGGGCUGUCACUUGCAUUUUACUGAGGAGUGGCUUCCGUCUGGCCACUCUACCAUAAAGGCCUGAUUGGUGGAGUGCUGCAGAGAUGGUUGUCCUUCUGGAAGGUUCUCCCAUCUCCACAGAGUAACUAUGGAGCUCUGUCAGAGUGACCAUCAGGUUUUUGGUCAACUCCCUGACCAAGGCCCUUCUCCCCCGAUUGCUCAGUUUGGCCGUGCGGCUAACUCUAGAAAGAGUCUUGGUGGUUCCAAACUUCUUCCAUUUAAGAAUGAUGGAGGUUACUGUGUUCUUGGGGACCUUCAAUGCUGCAGACAUUUUUUGGUACCCUUACCCAGAUCUGUGCCUCGACACGAUCUCAUGGCUUUGUUUUUGCUCUGACAUGCACUGUCAACAGUGGGACCUUAUAUAGACAGGUGUGUGCCUUUCCAAAUCAUGUCCAAUCAAUUGAAUUUACCAAUCAAGUAGAAACAUUUCAAGGAUGAUCAAUGUAAACAGGAUGUACCUGAGCUCAAUUUUCAGGUAUCAUAGCAAAGGGUCUGAAUACUUAUGUAAAUAAGUUAUUUCAGUUUAUUUAAUUUUAUACAUAAACAGUUUUCGCUUUAUCAUUAUUGGGUAUUUUGUGUAGAUUGAUGAGGAGAACAACUAAUUUAAUCAAUUUUAGAAUAAGGCUGUAACGUAACAAAAUGUUGAAAAAGGGAAGGGGUAUGAAUACUUUCUGACUGCACUGUAUACUUUUCUCAGUCAUGGCACGCUUUGUGUAAGAGAUAUUGAAGAUUGAAAACUAAAAAUAAUAAUAAAAAAUGAAAUUUCAACCAAAACAAAGCCGUGGAUUUUUGUCCAUCCUCCCUGAUUCGGAAUAUAUCAUUUUCAUAGUCAUGGCACGCUUUGUUGAAGAGCUAUUGAAGAUUGAAAGCUAAAAAUAAUAGUAAAAAAAGAAAUUUCACCCAAAACAAAGCCGUGGAUUUUUCUCCAUCCACCCCUGAUUUAGAAUAUACCAUCUUCAUGGUCAUGGCAUGCUUGAUUCAAAAGCUAUUGACGAGAGAAAACCGAAUAUCCAAUAUAAAACUAAUUUGACCUUGAUCUGUUCUAGCUCCUGUUUGUGUUUCAUGGAAAUUAGCAUGUAACUGUAACCUUACACAUUGACAUUUCAGAUUCAUGCCUAUCUCAACUGUACCUGCCUAUGUAACUACCAUGUAAAUAUAUAUAAUUAAGAAUGCAUUACCUAAUUUAAAUGGCCCCAAAAAUAGCAGUGUUAGUUAGCUAGCUACCAUUUUUUGGUAUGUCACCCAAAUUAAGUGUUAAUAUUUAUUUUCAACACCAAGGGACUGCAAUUGCUGUGUUGGACACUUCGGUACAACAUGGAGGAAGAUGAUGGACUGAAGGAUAACCUCCGUCUACAGUUCCAGGCUCUGCAGGAGCAGCAAGAGAAGCGUCUCCAGAGAAGACUAGAGAAACAGAAGAAAGAUCAGAAGGCCACUGAGAUCCUGCACGACCUGAACCUGUCCCAGCUAGACAUUCAUCACGCGGAUGAUCGUAGUAAAAAGUGAGCUCUAUGAAAUAUUAUAAAGUUAGGUCUAUAUUAUUAAAGUUAGACAAAGUUUCCUCUCCAAUACAGCCUAACAUUAUGCUUACCGUAGGCAUUGGAGCAUUAUGAAUUCAUUAUAUGUACCUAUCUCAUUAUUACCCAAAUGGAUUAGUGUUUGAAACAAUUAUUUUGGACUAAGGCUUUCAUUAGCUUUGGAAUAGCAAUUGUAGCACAAUGCAAGUUGUGGGUCUUUAGGGGAGAACUUUCAUAAGCCGAAAUAAGACUGAGUUGUUAUUGUCGUUUGUAAUUGGAGGGAAUUAAUCAUCCUCCAUAUUAAAAUGUUGACGUUAAUGGGUUUUUAAUCCCCACAGGCUGUUACAGAAUGAAAAUGAACAGUUGCAGGACCAGGUGAGGGAGCUGAGGGAUGGAAAUGGCCGACUAUUCAAACUAGUGAGUGAGAAAGACUUUGAGAUUAAACAUCUGAAGAAGAAGAGGGAGGAAGACAGGCUGGCCUUAGCAGGUAUUGUACAGUAUAUUACAAAACUUGAAUGAACAAUUCAUCUUUUAGGUUGAUAAACAUUGGAUUGGACUACAUUCAAAGUGAAAUUAUGAUACAGUCAGGGGAAAAAAGUAUUUGAUCCCCUGCUGAUUUUGUACGUUUGCCCACUGACAAAGAAAUGAUCAGUCUAUAAUUUUAAUGGUAGGUUUAUUUGAACAGUGAGAGACAGAAUAACAACAAAAAGAUCCAGAAAAAACGCAUGUCAAAAAUUGUCUAAAUUGAUUAGCAUUUUAAUGAGGGAAAUAAGUAUUUGACCCCCUCUCAAUCAGAAAGAUUUCUGGCUCCCAGGUGUCUUUUAUACAGGUAACGAGCUGAGAUUAGGAGCACACUCUUAAAGGGAGUGCUCCUAAUCUCAGUUUGUUACCUGUAUAAAAGACAACUGUCCACAGAAGCAAUCAAUCAAUCAGAUUCCAAACUCUCCACCAUGGCCAAGACCAAAGAGCUCUCCAAGGAUGUCAGGGACAAGAUUGUAGACCUACACAAGGCUGAAAUGGGCUACAAGACCAUCGCCAAGCAGCUUGGUGAGAAGGUGACAACAGUUGGUGCAAUUAUUCGCAAAUGGAAGAAACACAAAAUAACUGUCAAUCUCCUUCCUGCCUGGGGCUCCAUGCAAGAUCUCACCUCGUGGAGUUGCAAUGAUCAUGAGAACGGUGAGGAAUCAGCCCAGAACUACACGGGAGGAUCUUGUCAAUGAUCUCAAGGCAGCUGGGACCAUAGUCACCAAGAAAACAAUUGGUAACACACUACGCCGUGAAGGACUGAAAUCCUGCAGUGCCCGCAAGGUCCCCCUGCUCAAGAAAGCACAUAUACAGGGCUGUCUGAAGUUUGGCAAUGAACAUCUGAAUGAUUCAGAGGAGAACUGGGUGAAAGUGUUGUGGUCAGAUGAGACCAAAAUAGAGCUCUUUGGCAUCAACUCAACUCGCCGUGUUUGGAGGAGGAGGAAUGCUGCCUAUGACCCCAAGAACACCAUCCCCACCGUCAAACAUGGAGGUGGAAACAUUAUGCUUUGGGGGUGUUUUUCUGCCAAGGGGACAGGACAACUUCACCGCAUCAAAGGGAUGAUGGACGGGGCCAUGUACCGUCAAAUCUUGGGUGAGAACCUCCUUCCCUCAGCCAGGGCAUUGAAAAUGGGUCGUGGAUGGGUAUUCCAGCAUGACAAUGACCCAAAACACACGGCCAAGGCAACAAAGGAGUGGCUCAAGAAGAAGCACAUUAAGGUCCUGGAGUGGCCUAGCCAGUCUCCAGACCUUAAUCCCAUAGAAAAAGUCAUGUUUUGCAGAGGGGUCAAAUACUUAUUUCCCUCAUUAAAAUGCAAAUCAAUUUAUAACAUUUUUGACAUGCGUUUUUCUGGAUUUUUUUGUUGUUAUUCUGUCUCUCACUGUUCAAAUAAACCUACCAUUAAAAUUAUAGACUGAUCAUGUCUUUGUCAGUGGGCAAACGUACAAAAUCAGCAGGGGAUCAAAUACAUUUUUCCCUCACUGUAUAUGUUUUUGUCUUUGUUUUAUUUUUACUUUCAGAGCUCCAUUUGACUUUGAAUGUUGUCUAAAGUGGCAUAUGUCCUUUUUUAUUAACUUCAUGACUAUCUUGUCCAAGGCACAUCUGGCUUGGCGGGUGAUGCGGCAGCUACCAAGAUUGUUGAGCUUUCUAAGAGGAAUCGAGAGUUUGCUUCUGAAAUGGAACGAGAAAAAGUUAAAGCAAAGCAAACCAGCAACAGGGUAAAAGAGCUUGAGAAAGAGGUAAAUGGGAUGUUUAAAGAACUUAUCAAUAUUAACAUUUCACGUUGCUAAAACAAAGAAUCAACAACUCUAACAAACAGAAUUCCAUCUCAUAUCCAGUCUGUUAAUUGACAAUGACAUUUGGAUACAAAAUCCAAAUGUUAUACAUACAGUGCUAUGAAAAAGUAUUUGCCCCCUUUCUAAUUCUCCACUUUUGCAUAUUUGUGAUACUGAAUGUUAUCAGAUCUUCAACCAAAACCUCAUAUUAGAUAAAGGGAACAUAAGUGAACAAAUAACACAACAAUUAUAUAUUUAUUUCAUAAACAAAGUUAUGCAACACCCAAUUCCCCUGUGUGAAAAAGUAAUUGCCCCCUUACACUCAAUAACUGGUUGUGCCACCUUUAGCUGCAAUGACUCCAACCAAAUGCUUCCUGUAGUUGUAGAUCAGUCUCUCACGUCACUGUGGAGGAAUUUUGGCCCACUCUUCCAUGCAGAACUGCUUUAACUCAUUGACGUGUGGGUUUUCAAGCAUGAACUGCUCGUUUCAAGUCCUGCCACAACAUCUCAAUUGGGAUUAGGUCUGGACUUUGACUAGGCCAUUCCAAAACUUCCAAUUUGUUGCUUUUUAGCAAUUUUCAUGUAGACUUGAUUGUGUUUUGGAUCAUUGUCUUGCUGCAUGACCCAGCUGCGCUUCAGCUUCAGCUCACAGACGGAUGGUCUGACAUUCUCGUGUAGAAUUAUAAAUAACACAACAAUUACAUAUUUAUUUCAUUUAUUUAGAAUUCUCUGAUACAGAGCAGAAUUCAUGGUUCCUUCUAUUAAGGCAAGUCGUCCAGGUCCUGAGGCAGCAAAGCAUCCCCAAACCAUCACACCACCACCACCAUGCUUGUCCUUUGGUAUGAUGUUCUUACUGUGGAAUGCAGAGUUUGGUUUUCGCCAGGCAUUACUGGAACCAUGUCGUCCAAAAAGUUAUACUUUUGAAUCAUCUGUCCAUAGAACGUUCUUCCAAGAGUCUUGAUGAUCAUCCAGGUGCUUUUUGGCAAACUUGAGUAAAUAUUUUGGACGAGAUGGGUCCCAUUAUGCCUGGCGAAAACCAAACACUGCAUUCCACAGUAAGAACAUCAUACCAAAGGUCAAGCGUGGUGGUGGUGUGAUGGUUUGGGGAUGCUUUGCUGCCUCAGGACCUGGACGACUUGCCUUAAUAGAAGGAACCAUGAAUUCUGCUCUGUAUCAGAGAAUUCUAAAUAAAUGAAAUAAAUAUGUAAUUGUUGUGUUAUUUGUUCACUUAUGUUCCCUUUAUCUAAUAUUAGAUCUGAUAACAUUCAGUAUCACAAAUAUGCAAAAGUAGAGAAAAUUAGAAAGGGGGCAAAUACUUUUUCAUAGCACUGUAAAUGCCAGAGACUUUCCACUUGUUGACUCAAUCGGCCAUGUGUCAGCGGUAUUGCUUUAUAGACUGAGGAUGUAAGCUCUUGACUGAAUGGAUAAAUAAUUAAAAUAAAUCCUCUAGCUCCAGGCUGCUUUGUUGCUUAGUCCUCCUGGGAAAAAGAUGGAUGUAAAGCCACAAGACAUAAGGUCAUCUCAGGACUUCCUGGAGGUAAUUAGUCUUAAUGACUGAUCAUCAUUUUUAAGCCAUGAACUUAGAAAUGCUUAUGUUGUUGUAGCUUUGAUUGAAAUGCAGCUUAGCAAAACUUUUGUACAUGUUUAUUCUAAGGAAACCUGGCUAAUUGUAUUGGUGUCAAUAUUGUGACUUUUCAGUGACAGCUAUGACUGUGUUCCUCUCACCAAUAGAACAGUCCAGUGGUAAAAUCUCUACAGGAAAAACUAUCUGCUGCCCAAUUCAAGAUGACAGAAUAUCGAAACCAGAUUCAAGCUGUCAAGCAGGAAUUGAAAAUAGCUCAGAAGGUGUGUAUAGAGCCGUUUGUUAAAAGCUGAAACAUUUCAAAGGCUAUGACAUACAAUUCCAGGCCUGUUUUUGUUCCUACUGUAGGUGUUAUCCAGUGAGGUAGGAGAGGAAGUCAAUAUCCAGCAGCUACUGACCAGCUCAGGGAACUGGAGAGGUCGCUCCCAGCAGAUACUGGCUCUCCAGAGCAGGGUGAGCUGACUGACUGCUGUCAUUGGAAGAGCUUUCGAGGCACAGAAUAUUGAUCACAUAAUAAGAUGUUAAUUGACAUACAAGGUGAUUUGUAGACUGCAGUGUAGCCAUCUCAAUGUUUCUCCGUUGUUUUUUUGUCCCCAGGUUCGGGACCUGGAGCAGCAGCUGAGCCAAUCAGCUCAGAGGAAGCAGCCGUCAGUCGUCAGCGUGGAGGAGGAGCUACUGGGGGGCGGGGGCAUGCAGAAGACACCCCCCGAGGACAGGAACCUCAGCUACAUCCGCAAUAUGGAGAGGGAGAAGAGAGAAACUCUGGAGGUAGGAAGAGCCAGACUUGAUUGACAAUUGAUUGACAGUUCAAUCAAACCUGCAUUGUGGUAUUUACACAGUAGCUCUUUUGAGAUAGAAUCAUAGAAUGGUUUUGGUACUGUAGACUCCUACUUCCACUACUACCAGGUUGGCUCUCCUUAUAGGUAGAUGCUUUCAGUUUUCAGAAUGUAUGUGUCCGUUGGCAGUAGUUUUUAAACUAAACAUCGUUACGAUGGGUUGAAUUGAACUCUAGUCUUAGUUCUGCUUCUCUCCUCCUGACGUGUGGUUAGAGGAUGACAGGGGACUAUGAUUCCCUCAUGAAGGACCACAAGGAUGUGAAGAAGAAGCUGGAGGGCUCCAAGGCCAGAAACCAAAACCUGAGCACUGAGGUGAAAUCACUGAAGGCCCAGAUCUCCACACUGCUGGACAAAGGAAAGCAUGAUGAUGAACUGGUGGAUGCCUUACUGGUAUGUAAGCAGACCUGGGUUCAAAUAGUUGUCUUUGAACUGCUUUGAGCGUUUGAUUGAGCCUGUCUCGAGUGCCAGAUGGGCAUGGUUUGCACUUUUGCGACUUUUCCAUUCUAAAGAUAAGUUUCAAAUACUAGUAUGAACCCAUGUACAGUAUAUUGGUAUAUCAUAUUAGAACUUUGAGUGCAUCAUGGUAGGAAUUUUGACCCGAGUUAAGCGCGCAUAAAUUGAACAUAAUUGCCUUUUUAUGCACUUUUCGCUCUCUACCCGUAUUCUGACCUUGAAUAUAGGCAUGAGAAUAGCAUGCUAUUCACCCGCUAUUCGUUUGGGGUGGAGAUCAGAGAAAUGAAGGUGUGGCGGAGGUGUGUCUACUGAUACGCCAUAUUCUGACCUUGACUUAAUUCCCUAAUAAUUCCACCACCUUUACGCGCGAUGAAGUGAUGAAUAAGGUUGCGCUACCUAUCGGUUUAAAGUGGAACAACAUCUACUUAAAUUUUUCUGAUAGAAAUAACACCGUUCUCCAUGCACUGUAGUUUACAAAUUGAUAAGAGCUAAGUAAAUGAGUUAGCUGUUAGGAUAAGGCAAUUGUAGAUAUAAAUGACAAUUGUUUUUUGAUCUAUUUUACCUUAUGAUUGCUGGAGACAAAUGUGAAACCAGUCAUAUGGCAGCUAACUGAAGCAUAUCAACAUAUCACCUUUUCCACAGUGAAGUUUAUGAAAAGCUGGCCUUAUAACUUGCAGGGAUGAAAUUUGGAGACCCAAGCUAUAGGCUUCUGUAGCCAUACGCAAAUGCCAGUAUAGCGCCAAACCUACCGAGUUGAUUUAUGAUUUCGAGAAUGUUUUAAUUAUGUGCCCUGACUUUUCACUGUAAUGUUUUACAAUUUGUAUCGUGUUAAAUAUCACCCACUAUCGGUAGCCACCGUCAGUUAUACCCACAUACUAUUAUUAUAUAUAUUUAUAACUGUCACCUUAGUGUUAGUAUCCUUACAUUUUGCAUCAUUCCAUUACAUCGUUAGUUUACCUUUCUUUCCUCUUGUCACGUUUGUGUGGUUGUUCCUGAGGAUCGCUAGCAAUAGUGGAUCAUAUUAGGCUAACGCAUUACAAGCAAUAAUUUGGGGCUAAAUGACUAAAAUGUAAAUGUAAAUGUAGCCUAUAUGAAUAAUUAUGGAAUGCAGACCAUGCGUAGCAGUUUAAACCAGUGCACGGUUCACAACAACUGGACCAUUGUAAUCACAGUUCCAUGGUUAGUGAGGUUGAUUAGGGGAGAUUUAUAGGACUACUGUUCAACCCCUAUUGUACACUUUUCUCACCUUCCAAUAUUUAAUGGAUUGAACAAUUAAAUAUGGCAAUUUCAGGGUGAAUCAAACCACUGUAUUUUUUAUUCACCAACAUAUUUUGUGAGUAAAGGCUCUCCAACCCUGUUUUUUAAAAUUAUUCAUAAAUACUUUCCUAACCCUAAAUAAUAUACAAGAUCAGAGAAUUUUUAAAUCUACCAAUUGGUACUAAAAAGUAGAUGAAUAUGCGUGUAUUUUCAUGGUUUUCUUUCAUUGAUCACUAAUAUUCUGAACCGUUCUCUCCAUAUACACUGACUGUACAAAACAUUCUUACUGUACAUACAUCUUCCUAAUAUUGAGUUGCACCCCCUUAUGAACCCAGAACAGCCUCAAUUCGUCGGGGCAUGCAUGGACUCUACAAAGUGUCGAAAGCGUUCCACAGGGAUGCUGGCCCAUGUUGACUCCAAUGUUUCCCACAGUUUUGUCAGGUUAGCUGGAUGUCCUUUGGGUGGUGGACCAUUCUUGAUACACACGGGAAACUGUUUAGCGUGAAAAACCCAGCAGCAUUGCAGUUCUUGACACACUCAAACCAGUGCACCUGGCACCUACUACCAUACCCUAUUCAAAGGCACUUACAUUUUUUGUCUUGCCCAUUCACCCUCUGAAUGGCACACAUACACAAUCCAUGUCUCGAUUGUCUCAAGGCUGAAAAAUCCUUCUUUAACCUGUCUCCUCCCCUUCAUCUACACUGAUUGAAGUGGAUUAAAAAAGUUAGAUCAAUAAGGGAUCAUAGCUUUCACCUGGAUUCACCUGGUCAGUCUAUAUAAUGGAAAGAACAGGUGUUCCUAAUGUUUUGUACACUCAUUGUAUGCUAGUGAGUCUGUCGAGAACAUUUUAAUUGAAUGUACACCAAAUUUAAAGGAAUGGCUUUAGAUACAGUAAAUGUACUGAAAACCCUAUUGAAUGAAAACUCCAUGAAAAAAUAUGUUGGCCAGCAAGUGGGAGUGUUUUCAGCGGUUGAAUUCAAUUUAUUCAAUGCACGCAAUGGAACCACGCCUGAAAAGCCUGUUACGCACCUGCAUAAGGUAAGUCUGAAUACCAGCUACUGAGAAGUAUGUAGGAAAGGCGUGCGUAGCAAAGGCGUACAUUUACUAAGUCUGAAUCAGGCCCCAUAAUAUUUAGAUGUAUUCAGUCCAGAUGAUCAUGGUUUGUUAGGGUAUGUAUAGUAAGUUUAGAGACAUCUGGUUAGGUGCUCCCUUCAGGAUAAAUGUAAAUGAAAUCCUACCCUAGCCUGAUUAAAAUACCAUCUGGAUAAUUAUGUCUGAUAAUAGUCUUGGUUAUAAACACUACUUAUCAGGUACUCUUUACCGCAGUAUGUUAGCAAUGAGGCUCUUUAUCUACUUCCCCAGAGUCAGAUGAACUCAUGGAUACCAUUUUUAUGUCUCUGCGUGCAGUUUGAAGGGAGUUGCUAACUAGCGCUAGCGCAGUUGCUGACUAGUGUUAGCAUAAUGACUGGAAGUCUAUGGUAUCUGACUCUGGGGAAGUACAGUACCAGUCAAAAGUUUGGACAGUGUUUUUCUUUAUUUUUACUAUUUUCUACAUUGUAGAAUAAUAGUGAAGACAUCAAAACUAUGAAAUAACACAUAUGGAAUCAUGUAGUAACCAAAAAAGUGUUAAACAAAUCAAAAUAUAUUUUAUAUUUGAGAUUCUUCAAAUAGCCACCCUUUGCCUUGAUGACAGCUUCAUGUUUUCAAGUUCACUCAUCGGAUUGUUCUAUAAUUGAACGAGUCCCUGCAUACAAAUACCUUGGUAUUUGGAUUGACAAUGAUUUAUCGUUGAAAAAACAUACAAAUGACCUUGUUAAGAAACUUAAGAUUUAAAGAUUUCUUUUUUUUUACAGAAACAGGUAUUGUCUCUCACUAGUCAGCAGGAAGCAGUCAACAUUUCUACCUGUUCUACCUCUACUCUUAAACCCCUGGAUGCCCUUUUUCAUAGCGCCCUUCUUUUAUCCGGGGAGAGUUUUAGUACUCAUUACUGUAUUCUUUACUAAAAGUUUCGCUGGACCUCUUUGAAGUUCCGUAGAUCACAUCAUUAGUCUUUAUUUACAAAGCCCUGCUCCACAAGCUUCCGACUUACCUAACUUAAUAAUAAUAUGCCAUUUAGCAGACGCUUUUAUCCAAAGUGACUUACAGUCAUGUGUGCAUACAUUUUUACGUAUGGGUGGUCCCUGUUCACUGUUAAGGUUUACAUUUACAAGUUAUCAGACCUAUUUACAGGGUUGGUUAAGUCUGGUGACUCCUUUGGUGUCUACAGAGUUAGGUAAGUCAGCAUUUAGUUUUCUUUAUUCCACAUGUUUGGAAUGAUCUCCUAAAUACAUUUCAAAUAGAUGUGUUGGUGUCCUAGGGCAGUUCAGGCAGCGGACAGAGGAUUUUUAUAAUUAAAAAUAAAGGUAAAUAAAUAAUGCUGUAGACCUACUUCAUUUGCCAACAUCAAAUACAUAUUCAUAUCACAGAGUAAUCCAUCAGUUUGAUGCAUCAGUUACUCUUUAGUUAGUAAUAUGCUGAUGCUUCACUUCACUUACCAACACAUACAGUAGUACACUGAAGUGUAUAGAGUGAAGUGUCCCCUAACUGUAAGCCGUCUGCUAAAUGACUAAAAUGUAAGUGUCCCUUGACAUGUCCUCCCCCUCUUUGCCCCUAACCCUGUCUCCCUGUCCCCUUCCUUGCCCCUAACUCUGUACCCUUAAUCCUGUCCCCUCUCCCCCUGUCCCCCUAAUCCUGUCCCCCUGUUCCCUGACCCUGUCCCCAUGUCUGUCCUGUCGUGGGUACUGUAGAAGCAGCAGAGCCAGCUGCAGGAGGUGCUGGGCAGGCUGAGCCAGCAGGACGCGCAGACCAAAGAGAGCCAGCAGAACCUGGGGCAGCAGCUGAGCAGUGAGGCCCAGAGACACACAUCCCUCAUUCAUCAGCUCAAACACAUGGUCUCCGAGAGGGAGGCCAAAGUCAAAGAGCUGGAGGAAGAGAUACAGCAACUGUCCUUAAUGGUAAACUGACUGUGAUUCUACAAGGAAAUAAAAAUACUUCUAGUGAUGUCAGUGCUAUUGACUGAGAGUUUUGUCUUCAGUGUUUUGGGCAAGUUCCAUUUAUUUCCAGUCCCUUCCGAUAUAGAAAAAUGUAGCAAUAAUGCUUUAUGGUAGCAUUUCUUCAUAUGCAACUGACCUAUGGAAUUCAGGGCUGGAAUUUAAACAGAAUGGAUUUUGUAAAUGUGUUGCAGAGAGAGGAUGGCGGUCAAUCAGGCCCCAAGACUACCACUGGCAGUUUCCGGCCAUUGACAGCAGGGGGAGACAGCAGUAAGAGGAUAAUCUCAGCCCGGUAUGUGUGCAUGUGGAAGUCAUAAAUAUAAGAUAAUCUUGUGUCAUAAAUGUCAAAUAUUAUAGUACAUCAUGCAUAUUUCCUGUAUAUGUGACUCAUAUACCUUGCCUACAAAUUAUUCAAUUAUCAGUUGAUAGUGUCAUUGAUUGUGCAAUGACUAUAUUGAUGUGUUAUUGAUCUCAAUUGAUGUUUUUCUCCCAUAUAGUUCAGUAUCUAAACUUGGACAUAAACUAGUGGAGUCAGCAGCUGGGAUCAGUUUAGAGGUCAGGUAAGUCUUAGCCUCCAAACAUCUGGUACAAAUCAUCUUACAGUGAGGGAAAAAAGUAUUUGAUCCCCUGCUGAUUUUGUACGUUUGCCCACUGACAAAGACAUGAUCAGUCUAUAAUUUUAAUGGUAGGUUUAUUUGAACAGUGAGAGACAGAAUAACAACAUCAAAAAUCCAGAAAAACGCAUGUCAAAAAUGUUAUAAAUUGAUUUGCAUUUUAAUGAGGGAAAUAAGUAUUUGACCCCUCUGCAAAACAUGACUUAGUACUUGGUGGCAAAACCCUUGUUGGCAAUCACAGAGGUCAGACGUUUCUUGUAGUUGGCCACCAGGUUUGCACACAUCUCAGGAGGGAUUUUGUCCCACUCCUCUUUGCAGAUCUUCUCCAAGUCAUUAAGGUUUUGAGGCUGACAUUUGGCAACUCGAACCUUCAGCUCCCUCCACAGAUUUUCUAUGGGAUUAAGGUCUGGAGACUGGCUAGGCCACUCCAGGACCUUAAUGUGCUUCUUCUUGAGCCACUCCUUUGUUGCCUUGGCCGUGUGUUUUGGGUCAUUGUCAUGCUGGAAUACCCAUCCACGACCCAUUUUCAAUGCCCUGGCUGAGGGAAGGAGGUUCUCACCCAAGAUUUGGCGGUACAUGGCCCCGUCCAUCGUCCCUUUGAUGCGGUGAAGUUGUCCUGUCCCCUUAGCAGAAAAACACCCCCAAAGCAUAAUGUUUCCACCUCCAUGUUUGACGGUGGGGAUGGUGUUCUUGGGGUCAUAGGCAGCAUUCCUCCUCCUCCAAACACGGCGAGUUGAGUAGAUGCCAAAGAGCUUGAUUUUGGUCUCAUCUGACCACAACACUUUCACCCAGUUCUCCUGUGAAUCAUUCAGAUGUUCAUUGGCAAACUUCAGACGGCCCUGUAUAAGUGCUUUCUUGAACAAGGGGACCUUGCGGGCGCUGCAUGAUUUCAGUCCUUCACGGCGUAGUGUGUUACCAAUUGUUUUCUUGGUGACUAUGGUCCCAGCUGCCUUGAGAUCAUUGACAAGAUCCUCCCGUGUAGUUCUGGGCUGAUUCCUCACCGUUCUCAUGAUCAUUGCAACUCCACAAGGUGAGAUCUUGCAUGGAUCCCCAGGCCGAGGGAGAUUGACAGUUAUUUUGUGUUUCGUCCAUUUGCGAAUAAUUGCACCAACUGUUGUCACCUUCUCACCAAGCUGCUUGGCGAUGGUCUUGUAGCCCAUUCCAGCCUUGUGUAGGUCUACAAUCUUGUCCCUGACAUCCUUGGAGAGCUAUUUGGUCUUGGCCAUGGUGAAGAGUUUGGAAUCUGAUUGAUUGAUUGCUUCUGUGGACAGGUGCCUUUUAUACAGGUAACAAACUGAGAUUAGGAGCACUCCCUUUAAGAGUGUGCUCCUAAUCUCAGCUCGUUACCUGUAUAAAAGACACCUGGGAGCCAGAAAUCUUUCUGAUUGAGAGGGGGUCAAAUACUUAUUUCCCUCAUUAAAAUGCAAAUCAAUGUAUAUAAUUUUUGACAUGCGUUUUUCUGGGUUUUUUUGUUGUUAUUCUGUCUCUCACUGUUCAAAUAAACCUACCAUUAAAAUUAUAGACUGAUCAUUUCUUUGUCAGUGGGCAAACGUAUAAAAUCAGAAGGGGAUCAAAUACUUUUUUCCCUCACUGUAUCUUUCUCAAUAACUGUCCUAUGAUAAUAACUGUUAUUAGAUGUACAAUAAAACCUGUUUUUGGUGGACUACACCUACUGAUUCAAUUUACCACUAUUAUCUCAGAGAUGCAGCAGCUCCUUCGGGUUGUCAGAACUGUUCAGAGGAGGUGAGGUCCCUGAAGGCAGAGUGUACAGCGUUUCGGACCCUUUGUGAGGCUGCAUGUGUGGAGAGAGAUAGGCUCCUAGAGCUAGUCAAGCUCCAGCAAUCCAGGUAUUACAUCAACUCCCAUGGAUUUCAUUUCUACAACACACAUUUCUGGGUGUAUUGUAUACAGUAUGUUCGUUUAGUUUCCUUUCCUGUCCUUUACUAAAUUAUAUGGGUGGGUGUUUAGAUUGCUAUUAUUGGGUGUUGGCCUUUUGUUGUCAGAUGUUAAAAAAUGUAUUACUGCUUUCAAACCAUUGUAUGAGUGUUUUCUCUCAACCUCUCUGUUAACCUUUGUGUUUUUACAUCUUUCCGGCAUGGAAAUGUAAGCCUCCUUACUUUGUAAUGACCAGAUUACAGUACCUGAUAGGAAUUUUCAUGAUGAUCAUGCAGUUUUUAAACAUAAUACCGCAAUCAUGACUACCUUCGGUUGGCAGAAAUAAAAGUACAGGCUUUGUUACUGGCUUCACCUUACAGAUAUAUAAAAAGAACACAGCAUUUUAAAGUUGGCAGGUUUUUGUCUUGGUAUGAAUGGGAUAUAGUACUAAGAGACUGGGCUGGUGUGUUUGAUGGGACAGGGAGGAGGAAGGGAAGCAGAGGUGCCUAGGGGCAGAGCAAAAAUUCCAAGGAGAACGCAGAAGGGCCGUAGCCCUAGAGCAGAAGCUAGAGAAGGCUAAGAUGGAUCUGGGCAAAGGAUUGACUCCCAGAAAAACUAGCAACAAGGGCACUGGAGGUAAGUCUCAGGGUAGGCACACUGAUCUAUAACAGUAACACAGUGACAAGGCUGAGAAUGGGAUUUAUAUUGAUCCAUAACUGCUAUUUCUGUCUUAUUUUUGUUGUUAUUUAUUUUCUACCCUCCCAGGAGCCUUGUCUAGUGGGAGACCGAGGGAAUCAUCAUCCCCUCGAAGCCCUCCUGACCAUUCCAGGGAGGCCCAAGUCAUUGAACUAAGUACCCAGUGAGUCUGACUUACAGUGUUUUUUUGUCUUCUGUUCUUUCUCUCCUGGAAGUCCUGGGUGGUGACCCUGUCUGUCACAGUCUGGAGAUACAAACUGUCAAUCUACACUACCGUUCAAAAGUUUUAGAACACCUACUCAUUCAAGGGUUUUUCUUUAUUUUACUAUUUUCUAGAUUGUAGAAUAAUAGUGAAGACAUUAAACUAUUAAAUAACACAUAUGGAAUCAUGUAGUAACCAACAAAGUGUUAAACAAAUAAAAAUACAUUUUAUAUUUGAGAUUCUUCAAAUAGCCACCCUUUGCCUUGAUGACAGCUUUGCACACUCUUGGCAAAGCAUAAUGUUUCCACCUCCAUGUUUGACGGUGGGGAUGGUGUUCUUGGGGUCAUAGGCAGCAUUCCUCCUCCUCCAAACACGGCGAGUUGAAUUGAUGCCAAAGAGCUCGAUUUUGGUCUCAUCUGACCACAACACUUUCACCCAGUUCUCCUCUGAAUCAUUCAGAUGUUCAUUGGCAAACUUCAGACGGCCCUGUAUAUGUGCUUUCUUGAGCAGGGGGACCUUGCGGGCGCUGCAGGAUUUCAGUCCUUCACGGCGUAGUGUGUUACCAAUUGUUUUCUUGAUGACUAUGGUCCCAGCUGCCUUGAGAUCAUUGACAAGAUCCUCCCGUGUAGUUCUGCGCUGAUUCCUCACCGUUCUCAUGAUCAUUGCAACUCCACGAGGUGAGAUCUUGCAUGGAGCCCCAGGCCGAGGGAGAUUGACAGUUCUUUUGUGUUUCUUCUAUUUGCGAAUAAUCGCACCAACUGUUAUCACCUUCUCACCAAGCUGCUUGGCGAUGGUCUUGUAGCCCAUUCCAGCCUUGUGUAGGUCUACAAUCUUGUCCCUGACAUCCUUGGAGAGCUCUUUGGUCUUGGCCAUGGUGGAGAGUUUGGAAUCUGAUUGAUUGAUUGCUUCUGUGGACAGGUGCCUUUUUAUACAGGUAACAAACUGAAAUUAGGAGCACUCCCUUUAAGAGUGUGCUCCUAAUCUCAGCUCGUUACCUGUAUAAAAGGCACCUGGGAGCCAGAAAUCUUUCUGAUUGAGAGGGGUCAAAUACUUAUUUCCCUCAUUAAAAUGCAAAUUAAUUUAUAACAUUUUUUCUGGAUUUUUUCUGGAUUUUUUAUUUUUUAUUUUUUUAUUCUGUCUCUCACUGUUCAAAUAAACCUACCAUUAAAAUUAAACGUACAAAAUCAGCAGGGAAUCAAAUACUUUUUUCCCUCACUGUAUAACAUACAAGAAUACUGAGUAUGACAUACUAGAAAUACUGCACAUGUACUGUAUAAGCCCAAUUGGGAGUCAGAUACAUUGUACAUGUAUACAUUGGAGUUUUACUUUCUAUGAAGAAUAAGAACAGCUGGAAAAAACGCAGAGGGUAUUCAAACUUUACAAACUCCUAAAUGAGUGAAGCACACAACCAUGUUGAUGUAAGUGCUGUUGUGUGUUUCCUUCCCUCUGUCCCCCAGGCUGGCGGUGCUGCAGGGGGAGAACGAGGCUCUGAGGGCUGAGCUGAGGAGCACUCUCCAGGCCAAGGCUGAGGACCUGCAGCUCUGCAGUGACAUGAUGAACCGAGUCAACCACGUCUUCCUGCAGGCGCUGCGACAACACAAGCAGGAAGAGGACACAAACCAGGAGAGUUAGUUAGCUAGCUAUAUUAAAGGCCCUGGCUGCUGAACCUGCUGGACUUCAACAAUGUCCCAAAAAAAGCUUUAGUUCCUCUUGUCCAGUCAUAUCAGCUCUGAGGAAGGACAGAAAUGAAACAGGCCUGUCUGUUUCAGCAAUACAAUGUAAUUACUGGUUCCUGGUUUCCUGACUGCUUCCUGCGAACUCUGUUGACCACGAAAAGACAAUUACCUGCUUUGAUUGCCAUCCCGGAGGACCUGAGCCCUA